AUGUCUUCACCUACAUAUUCUCCUUCGAGGACAAUAUCAUCUCCUCUAUUAUCAUUAUCAUCAUGGAGACAGUUCCAAUUGUUUGAUUAUACACCAAUACGAGAUCCCAACUAUCACUCUUCCCAUGCAUUGUACUCUGACCCAACAUUGAGUUGUAUUACAGCCACUACCACUAGUUAUUUAAUUAUCGCCAUUAAUCAUUGCACAAUCAAACUAAUCAAUUUAUCCGAUUUGACUUGUCAAUUGACAUUUGAUGCUUAUAAUAUCGACUAUAGAAUCACAUUUAUUGAACCUAUUCAUAAUUCAAAUAAUUUGUUUGUCACAUUGGCAGAAAAGCAAGGAAUGCCCAGUAUUAUCAAACUAUGGGAUAUUUCAAAAUUAUUAAACUUGGCCAAUAAUGAAAACAAUGACAGCAGUAAAAACUCCAAAUUAGAUCAAUCAGAAUAUAGAUUUGAAUUUCAAACACAAGUGUUAGUCAACGAUCAUAGUAGUGGUACAACAGGAAUCGGAGAUAAUUCAUAUCCAAUCAGUUGUUUUAAAUUCAAUUAUGAUUUAACAUGUCUUGCCAUUGGUUACACUAAUGGUAAAGUUAUUCUUGUGCGAGGGGAUUUAUUACGAGAUCGAGGGGCUAAACAAAGAUUAAUUUAUAAUAGUGGUAACAAUGAUCCAAUAACCGGAGUACAAUUUAAUGAAACUGAACAAGUAUUAUAUGUAACUACCACUGAAAAAUUGUUAACGGUAGCGACAACGGGGAGAAAUCAUGAAAAACCUUUAAAAAUAUUAUCCAAUAAAUAUGGAGCCAAUUUGAAUUGUACUGAUAUUGACGAAUCAAAUCAAAAUUUAAUUGUUGGAUUAAAUGAUUCAAUACAAUUCUAUGAUUGUUUCACUAAAAUACUGACAAUUAAUUUCAAACUCGCUAAAUCAAGAAUUAUCAAAUGCAAACAAUAUUUAUUGAUUGUUAGUCCCGAAGAAAGAAAUAAAGCGGGAGUAUCUGAAACCGAUCAUGGCAUUGAUAAAUCAUUAAUGUCGAGAAUAGUUAUUUUGGAUUUAGUCAACAACCAUAUUUCGUUUAAUCUACUUAUUUCUGACAGUUCAAUUUCUCAUGCAUUUAGUUUAUCAAAUGGAACAUUCUUGCUAUUGACUACCGAUGGAGUAUUGUAUAAAAUCAAUGAAAAAUCAAUCAACCAACAAAUUGAAAUUGUUCUACAAAGAGAAUUGUUUUCCGUUGCAUUCAAUUUGGGCCAACAAUAUAAAUUACCUAAUGAAACAUUAUUAAGAAUUCAAAUAUUACAUGGUGAUUAUUUAUAUGAUCAGAAUAAAUUUGACGAGGCAAUAGAUGUGUAUAUAAAAUGCCUUGAAUUGUUUAAAAAGAGUGGCAAGAUAGUAGAACAGAAACAGAGAAAUAAUCGCCAGGAUAAUCAAACUGAAGUUGAAGAAGAAGAAGAUAUCGAUGAAUUCAUUAUCAAUAUAAUUACUAAAUUCAAAGAAGCUACAAAUAUAUCUAAUUUAACAAAGUUUUUGAUUCGAUUAUAUGAAAAAUCACUUGCUAAUAUUGAUCAUAUUACUUUAUUAUUAUGUUGCUAUUGUAAGUUAAAGAAGAUUGACAAUCUAAAUGAAUUUAUCGAUGAAUUGGAUUUAUCAAUUGAAAAUUUGCAAGAAUUGAAUUAUGAAUUAAUUAUUAAUUUAUUUAAAGAAUGUGGAUUUUAUGAUCAAGUGUUAAAAUUACUUUAUAAAUUAAAUCAACCCAAUUUAAUUGUCGAUAUUCAAUUGAAUGAUCUUCAUAAACCGAAAUUGGCAUUGAACUAUAUGAAGACAUUAACCAUUGAUGAUUUGUUAUUGAUUUUAAUCGAUCAUUCAACAAACUUAUUGGAUUCAUGCCCGCUUGAAACUACCGAAUUAUUGAUUAAUGUGUUUACUGGUAAAUAUCAACCUAAUAAACCCAAUGCCAAAUAUGUUUUUGAUGUGUCUAACAAUGGAAAUACUUCCACCAUGAACCAACCCCAGAAAAAUCCCGAAAAGGAAUCACUGGAAAGAGAAAAGUCAGUUGAUAUAUCUAAUUAUAGAGCAUUUUUAAAUUAUUUAUCUUUACAACUGGAGGAAACUGACAAUAGUGAUAACUAUACCGAAAGUAAAACUAGUCAAGAGAACCCAACAUUAUUAUCAAACAAAGAACCGACGUAUUUGCCACCCAAACCGAACUUGAUUUAUGCCAGCUUUACUAACCACCCUAAGGAAUUUGUGAUUUUUCUUGAGGCGAGUCUCGAAGCAUUCAAUAAAUAUGAUGGUAAUAUUGUUGAUAAACGGGAAACUCUAUUAACAUUAUUAGAGAUAUACUUGUCAUUGAAUAAAUCUACUGGCGACAAGGAAUGGUUAGAUAAAGCCGAAACAUUAACACGAGAUUAUAACCAGUUAUUAGAUAAUCAAGCAUUGUUAUUGUUGAGUCAUAUUUAUAAUUUCAAACCUGGUGAAGUGAUUGCUCAAGAGAAAAGUGGGAAUGAAAUAGAUUUGUUUAUGAGUUGUCAAUUGAACCAAGAUGUGGAAGGAUGUUUUGAAAUUUUAGAAAAAUACGGUGACACCAAACCUCAAUUAUAUGAACUAAUGCUCAAAUUUAUAAUUUCAUCGAAAACCAUAUUUGAUCAGAUUAAAUAUGAAGAUAUCCAAGUAAUACUUGAACAAAUCAAAAUUUAUAAAUUAUUAACUCCCAUUGAAUUGGUUGAUAUAUUAACAGAAAACCCUGAUAAUGAAUUUAUUACAUUAGGAUUAGUUAAAGAUUAUUUUAUUGAUUAUUUCCAACAACAAACUAAAGAAAUUUCCAAUAAUACUAAAUUGAUUGAGAAAUACGAACAAGAAUCAACGAAAAAUUCUUUUAAAUUAUCUGAAUUGUCGAAACCAUUUGUCAUUCAGAAUAAUAAGUGUUCUGGAUGUAAUUUGAAAUUGGAUUUCCCCGUGAUUCACUUCAAAUGUAAACAUUCAUUCCAUCAGAAAUGUUUAUCGACUAAUUUAAUUGCCACUUCAACCGAAUCACUGACACUGUCAACUCCAACAUCAAUGUCAACGUCAAUGUUGAAUCCAAAUAAUAACGCUGUUAUUAACCAUAACGAUGAUGAUAAAUUCACUUGUCCAAUAUGUAUUCAUAAAUUCAAUGAUAUCAAAAAUGCUAAAUUGAAUCAAUAUAAACUUGGAGAUGCUGCUAAUCAGAAUAAAGAGAAUUUUGAUGUUUUCAUUAAUUCAUUGCAUUCUAGUAAUGAUAAAUUUAAAUUUGUUUCUGAUUAUAUUGGUAAAGGUGUAAUGGAAGAUCAAUAG